CCCUAACCCCACCCAGCUUUUCACUGUCUGUGUCUGCCCUGGUAACUAACUGGUCGUCUCCCAAGGCUUUGCUACAUUGAUGCAGCUCACACCAGACCCCUGAGAGCUCUGUCUGCACUAGCCGUUCCCAGUGCAGAUAGCAACAGAUGACGAUGUCCCUAAAACUGCUUUGUAGGCCUGUGCCUCAAUUUCUUUCCAUCUGUGAAAUGGGUGUAACAAUGCUUGCCUGUUUUGAAGGGGAGGGGGAGUUGUGAGCACUAGUUAAAGUCUGUGAUUUCUUUGGAAGUCGUAAUAACCCCUUGUCCUUAUUCAGUGCUUUUCAGCACCAGAGCUCAAAGGGCUUUGCAAAGGUCAGUCUCAUUAUCCCCAUCUUGUAGAUAGGGAAACUGAGGCACAUGGAUGGGCUGUGACUUGCCCGAGGACACAACUAGCAUACUAGUGGAAGAACUGGGAAUAGAAUUUUGGGAUCUGGAGACCCAGCCCCUUGUUCUGUCCACUAGCUAAGUACCAUGGACCUAAAAACCCAGAGAAGCCCGAGCACUUUCCUUCAGAUCUCUGCCAGCACCUGGGUGUUGGCUCCACCCCAGUUUGCUCAUUGGGAUGUUGUGCUCGCGGCAGUUAAGACUCUUCAGUGAGCAUUGGGUGGUUAAGACCUUGGUUUUACGUCUCAGAAAGAGCAGCAGAACUCUGGGAGAGGAAUGGUUUUAUUACAUGCUACAAGCCCCAGCAGAGCUUCUUGCAUGGGCUGGGUGCCGGGGAGGCGAUCAAAGGGGCAUGUUGCAGUCGAUCACAUAAGUGGUUGCGAAAAUGAAGGUAGUGGCGUAUCUCUUUAUCGUGACAAGGUCCAGGGCUGUGCAGUGGCUGAGAGCCUGUGCAUGGGGGUGACGGGUUGGGCGAUGGGACUCUACGCUACAAACCUAGCUGGAUCAGGGGAAUGGUUCCAGCUUUGUAAUCAUGUUUGUGCCUAAAGAUGUGCCCCUGAGCUCCGAGUGCAAUAGAGAGGGAGUUAAAAGUGGUUGGAAAUGGCAGGGGAGCAGUUUACAUCUCUUCUGUCAGGGCGUGUGGGGGGUGUGUGUAUGGGGGUGUGCUGUUGCGGGGUAGAAUGUCACAGACAUGUCAGAAUCUGGCCCCAAAGCAUUCAGGAAGCAUGUCGUGUAUUUUUACACACUCACUCUUGAGGGCUGAGUUCCUGUUUUUCUGGGGGUAGCGAGGUGAGCACAUGCUGUGUAGCAGCUCCUUUCCUCUCGCUGCCGGUAGCUUUGGCGUGUUUCAGCUGUUGGCACCCAGCUUCUGCCUCCCUCUGAAACAUCUCCCAGCCCCAGCGCGGCAACACUUUGCUUCCAGUGCCAUCCAGUUUUCACAAGCGGUGAAGAAAGGCCCUACCUUGGCUGUGGGUGCGACAGCCUUUGCUCUGCAAACCUCACCCUCUGCCUCCCGAAAGCCCUUUCUCCCACUGCUGCAGAGGAGAUGUGAAUGCGCUCAGGGCAGGAGCGGGUAUAUAACUACGAGCGGAAAUCCCCUCCGGCAGAAGCGGUGGGGGUGACAAAGUCUGCAGACGGCUCAGCGUGGUGGCAGCAUGAAGGCAGAUGGGCAAUUGCUUUUCCUGGUGCUGCUGUUCCUCCCCAUUGGGAAGGCUGGCCAGCUCCAGUCUUCGAUCAUUGGAGGACGCGAAGCAUUGCCUCACUCCAGGCCCUAUAUGGUGUCUAUCCACAUAGGAGGCAUUCCCGCCUGCGGGGGAGUCCUAGUCCACGCGCGCUGGGUGCUGACGGCUGCGCACUGCUACCCCAACCUGAUUCAGGGUCCCAUCAGGGUGAUGGUGGGUCUCCAUUGGCAGCCCAGGAGAAAUGCCCGAGUGCAGGUCUUCACUGUCGCAAAGUUUGUCCCGCAUCCUUCCUACAACCGCACAACCCUGGCAAAUGACAUCAUGCUGCUCAAGCUGGACAAGAAGGUGGUUUGGAACAAGGAGACGAGCCUUCUCCCACUGUCCAAGAGGAAUCCGACCCCAGGGACCCUGUGCAGCGUGGCUGGCUGGGGGAGGUUCAGAGAGGGAAGCAAAUAUUCCCACGUCCUGCGUGAACUCGAUGUCAAGGUGAUGGACAUCAGGAUGUGCAACAACAGCCAGUACUGGCAUGGCGAGGUCACCAGCACCAUGAUGUGCAUCGAAGGGAUCAAGAAGGGCUCUGCCCCUUGUCAGGGUGAUUCCGGGGGCCCUGUGGUGUGUGGAAAGAAAGCGGAGGUAGCUGGCGUGAUCUCCUUCACGGGCAAAAGCUGCGUCGAUGUGUUCAAACCGCCCGUCGCAAUGGCUGUCUUUAAAUACAAGACGUGGAUCAAAAAAUACCUGCGCUGGGGCCGAGACCUGUGACUGCAGCAUCAUUUGUAAGCUUGCCUGUCCAUCCCCUCUGCUGUGUAUUGACCCCUCGUCGCUUCCCUAUGCUGCCCAGGUUAGAGAUCAGCUCACUCACCCAGCCACGUGUGCCUCAUCCAUCCGUCCGGGCACUGCUGGUGCAAACCCACGCCCCCACCCCCCUUGCCUACCUGUUCUCUUACAGAGGAUUCAGCUCUGUCCUUCUCUCUCUCAGGAAACUGUCUGCCUGCAUCCCUGUGUCAUGCUUCCUGCUGCUGAUUUGAAAUAAAAGU